UCAAAAAAAAAAAAAAUACAAAAAAAAACAGAAACAAAAAAAAAUUGGAGAAAAAACGAACUAGCCCCCCUGACGGGAUUUGAACUCGCGAUGGAGUAGUUCAAUGAUCCUACGACUUUACCUGCUUCCCUAACAUAGCUGUUGAAAAUGACUUUACAAAUUUAGCAUUUAAGGAAAUCAGAGAAUUAAAAUAUUAAAUAUCUCUUUAAAUAUUGAGUAUUGACAAAAACGGCCGAAUAUGGGUCAACUUAUUUUUCAUUAAGAUUCACCAGAAAAAACUAUAUUAAAAUCGAUGACCCAACUGCUGUGAGGUCUCCUUGUUAGUAAUUUAAGAAACAAGUCAUUUUGACCCCUCCGGUAGAAGUAGGUAUACGUCAAUCGUCGGUAUUUCUAGUGUUAAAGACAUUAAACGUUCAAGUCGACGAGAAUUUAGUAGUUCAUAUAAUCGAGAGAGCUUUACCGAGCGAGACGCGUGACAAGUGGGAAGAUACUUUUAAUUCAGACACCUUGCCUUCCCUCGAUCAAAUUUUCAAAUUUAUUUCGGAAACCGCGUUCAAAAUUCUUGCACACGAACAAGAACAGGCGCGUAAAAGGAACGAAAGCGGUCUCAAGCGAUCAAAUUCAAACACUGAUAUGCGUUCCAUGAAGAUCCGUAAAGAACAAUUCGGAACCCGAGCGUUUCUCACUUCUACUGGCAAUAAUUGCAUUCAAUGCAAACAGUCGACACACCGCUUGUAUAGCUGCCCGGCGUUUGGGACAUUGUCUAUCGCGCAACGAUGGGAGGUAGUAAAGAAAAAUAAAUUGUGCCGUAAUUGCCUUAGAUUACAUGAAGGGGUGUGUAAAUCUAUGUACUGCAAACAUUGCAGCUCAUUUCAUCAUUCAAUGCUACACAACUUCAAAUUCCAAGCACCGAAUACAAAUAACGAUUCCGUGACGAAUGUACCUCUUGAUUCGAGUAAGGCACAAAUUCCGGGACACAAUAAAAAGUGACUAUCGAUCAUCUCGUUUUCUACCGUCUCGUGUACAUCGCGGUCGCAUAAUGAGCGCUACUGUUAGAGUAAAAAAUUCAAAGAACGAAUUUGUACGAGCUCGUGCGCUUUGAGAUACUUGCGCAACGGCGCACUUUAUAACAGAGGAAUUCGCAAAGAAUUUAAAUGUGCCUAUGCGAUCAUGCUGCAUUCCGAUCGGCGCGAUGGGCGGGAUGACCGCAAUUUCCAAAAAAACGCUCGACAUCUCUUUUCGGUCGCUACACAACGAUUUUGAGAAAACAUUAACAUUUUUGACAGUAACGAAAGUUGCCGUCAGUAUACCGAAUGAAAUUUUUCCUCGCGAAUCGCUCAACAUCCCUUUGCACAUCCGUUUAGCUGAUCCAAAAUUCCAUCUGCCGAGAGCGAUAUGUUAAUAGGAGCCGGUGCCACAACGUCUUUACUGUCGAUAGGUCAAAUAAAUGUAUCGAAAGAUGAUUGCGAAAUUUUGAUGCAAAAAACGCAACUCGGUUGGGUUGUAGUGGGCGGUGCGAAGGGAAUUCUUGGAAUAGGAAAUGUGACGUGCAAUUUAAGCGAAUUAACCGAAGAAAUUGCGAAAUUCUGAACGAUAGAAGACAACAAUAGCACGAAAGAGUCGAAACUAGCGGAGGAGUCCAUAUGUGAAACAUUUUAUGCUCAGACUACGACGCGUGAGCCAUCAGGGCGAUACGUAGUGCGAUUGCCGUUCCGCGAUCGCGAUCGAAAUUUUGGCGAUUCACGGUCACACGCGCUUCGUCGAUUUCACGCGUUGGAAAGAAAAUUAAAAUCUAACCCGGCGCUUGAUUUAGAUUAUAAAAAGGUCAUGAAUGAAUAUAUAGAGUUAAAUCACAUGUCGUUAAUCACAGACGAAAACGACGACGGAUAUUAUUUACCUCAUCAUGCCGUUAUUAAAAACACAAGUACCACAACAAAGCUACGGGUUGUUUUCGAUGCUUCUGCUAAAUCAAACAAAAGCUUCUCGUUGAACGAUAAGCUCUGAUUGCUCCCUGUUUUUCGUUAAUAAUUCAAAAACGAAGCUUUUAACCCCAUUUUUGCGAAGGGAAAUCUUAUUCAGAAUUACAUCCUCUACCAUCCCUUUACGGGAGUUACACGAGUUGUGAGACACCUUGUAUGUGUGUGGAUGAUCGGGACUCGCCAUCGAUCGCGAUAAUCAUUUGUUCGUCAUUACAAGCUUCGCCAUGGCCGAAAACGCGUCACAUGAGAUGGAGAUUAUCGCAGGAGAUACAAACGUUGAACAGAGGGAAAAUGAAGAAGUAAAGAAAGAAAAAGGACGAGAAAUGCAAAAAAAUGAGGGAGAGACGGCAGUUGAAAAACGUACAAACGACAGGCCGCCAACAGAUAAUUUGAAAAAACUGAUAAAGAAACUGUUGUAUGGCGGCCGUGGGGGCCGCGUGCGCGUCCGCGGGCGCGGUCGCGGUGGCCACGGCGGCGGACGCGGACAGGGAAGCAUGCGGGAUGACGGGCGCAGAGACUGGCGCGGUGGAAAAAGAGGCAGACGCGGCCGAAAAACAGUUAACCUAACAAACAAUUAUAAAUUUUUACUGUAAUA